CUUGAACGUCACACUCCAGAAAAAAAGCUGAAGCCAGUCAGAGCAACAACGGAGCUGCAGUCCAGAUGAGUGUGUUUCUGUCUAAAAGAAAAUUAAAGUGAGUCCAUCAGGUCUUUGUCAACAACACAGCAGAGUCUCUACCAAACACUGUGUGUAGACAUGUCUGCUGCCAGCUGUCUGCUAUCUAAAGAUCAGUUUCUGUGCUCCAUCUGUCUGGAUGUGUUCACUGAUCCAGUCUCCACACCAUGUGGACACAACUACUGCAAAAACUGCAUCACUCAACACUGGGAUAUUAAUGACAGGUGCCAGUGUCCCAUGUGUAAAGAAGUUUUCUACACAAGACCUCAGUUGAAGAUCAACACUUUACUCUCUGAGAUGGUUGCUCAGUUCAGACAGGAAGCUCAACAGAAAGCCAGCAGCAGCUCAGAGCAACAAGUUGCCAAACCAGGAGAAGUUUCCUGUGACGUCUGCACUGGAACCAAACUGAAGGCCCUGAAGUCCUGCCUGGUGUGUCUGACCUCCUACUGUGAGACUCACCUGGAGCCUCAUCUGACAGUGUCAGGCCUGAAAAGACAUCAGCUGAUGGACCCUGUGAAGAACCUGGAAGACAGGAUGUGUACGAAGCACGAUAAACCUCUGGAGCUGUUCUGUAAGACCGACCAGACAUGUGUCUGCAUGCUCUGCUCUGUUUUAGACCACAGGACACAUGAGUUUGUUCCUGUGAAAGAAGAAUGUGAAGGAAAGAAGGCAGAGCUGGAGAAGACAGAGGCUGAAAUUCAGCAGAUGAUCCAGAAGAGACGACUGAAGAUUGAGGAGAUCAAACACUCAGUCAAGAUCAGUAAAGAUGAUGCAGACAGAGAGAAAGCAGAAGGUGUUCAGGUCUUCACUGCUCUGAAGGAGUCUGUUGACAGAGGCCUGAACCAGCUCAUAAAGGAGAUGGAAGAGAAACAGAAAACCACAGAGAAACAGGCUGAAGACUUGAUCACAGAGCUGGAACAGGAAAUCUCUGAGCUGAUGAAGAGAAGCACUGAGGUGGAGCAGCUCUCACUCUCUGAAGACCACCUCCACCUCCUCCAAAACUUCCCAUCCCUGAAAGCUGCUCCACCCACCAAGGACUGGACAGAGGUCAGAGUCCGUCCACCAUCAUAUGAGGGGACUGUGGUGAGAGCUGUGGCUCAGCUGGAGGAGAUGCUCAGUAAAGAGAUGAAGAAGCUGUUUGAGGCUGAGCUGAAGAGGGUCCAGCAGUAUGCAGUGGAUGUGACUCUGGAUCCUGAUACAGCACAUCCUGAACUCAUCCUGUCUGAUGAUGAGAAACAAGUGAAACAUGGUGAUGUGAAGAAGAAUCUUCCAGAAAAGCCAGAGAGAUUUUCUCCUUGUCCAUGUAUCUUAGGAAAGCAGAGUUUCUCUUCAGGCAGAUUUUACUUUGAGGUUCAGGUUAAAGAAAAGACUAAAUGGACUUUAGGAGUGGCCAGAGAGUCGAUCUACAGGAAGGGAAACAUUACGCUGAGCCCUCAGAAUGGUUACUGGACGAUAUGGUUGAGAAACAGAAAUGAGUACAAAGCUCUUGAUGUCCCUCCAGUCGAUCUCUCCCUGAAGUCUGGUCCUAAGAAGGUGGGGGUGUUUGUGGAUUAUGAGGAGGGUCUGGUCUCCUUUUAUGACGUAGAUGCUGCAGCUCUCAUCUACUCCUUUACUGGCUGCUCCUUCACUGAGAAACUCUACCCAUACUUCAAUCCCUGCCUUAAUGAAGGUGGUGAAAACUCUGUCCCUCUGAUCAUCUGUCCUGUCAGUUACAACUGAUAGAUCAGUAACUUGGUUUUGAUUUCUUUUUAUAUUAAUUGAUUUCUUUUUAUUAAAGGGAACACGUGUACAUGCUGAGUGUAACACUGUUAACAUCUUUUCACUUUCUGAAGUUUCUCUUGGUUCACACUUCAUCUUAAGGGUUUUUAAUUGUAUGUAUCUCAUUACAAAGGAAACACAUUGAUCUGAUGCAUCAACUCUGCCUCAGCCACCAAUGUGUUCAUCAUGACACAAACAUAAUGUGGAAAAUUUCUAUUUAAACCUCUGUUAAUUUUAUUUUCAGUUCUAGGAGAAAUCACAAAAUCAAGUUUUAUAAAGAAAGAAAAAAUGUGUGAGUAGAAAAAUAUUAUUAUUCAUUAUUAUACAAAAUAUAAACAUUUAAUUAAUACAAGAAAUGCUUAUGUAUAAUAAUUUAAUUCAUUAUUGGACAAUUUUUAUUUCUUUUAUGAAUACUGCUGAGAUGGUUUAUGAUUUAAAGGAAUCUGUAAAUAUGUGAUUGUAAAGAGAAAAGUGUAAGUGAAAAAAUGACUUGACGUGUACUUUGAUGUUUUAGCUCAUUUCUGGGUUUAUGACUUUACUGCAGCCAGCCACCAGGGGGCGAUGGAGAUGUUUUGGCUGUAGGAGCUGUGAUGUGUCCAUCUCAAUAUACAGUCACUGAUAUUUAGGAAAAGCAGAGACUGUAAAAGUUAGUUGUUUUUUCCUCAGGUAGAAACUGUAGCUCUGUCUGUUUUUAGUUUAAUAAGAAAAGUGCAGCAGCAGAAACUCUUUGUGUUCUUACGAGUCUAGAAAGAAAAAUGAAUUCUGCAGCUCUCAGCUUUGUGAAGAAUGAAGACCAAACUACUUCUUUGUGUUUAUGAACUGAAACGUUUCUUUAGGUUCAUGAUUCCUGUUUGUGAUGUGAUUCCAGCUGAAUGUGUCACUGAGAGGCUGAGAGGGAGUUAAAGCAGCGAGUGGGUGGAAACGCUUCACCUCCAUAUUUCACUGCAGAACGCUGUGACACAGGCUGAAAAAUAAUCUGCUCAGAGAUCAUAGUUUGAGAAGCGUGACUCAGAUAUAACAUUAGGUCAUAGGAGCUGUUUGGAAUCACCUGCACUCAUGUAUAAAUGGUUAAAUUUGUCUUUGCUUGUGUUCAUGAAAGUAAAAUAAGCUUCUAGAACGAA